AUGGAGUACAAGCUGGCAGUGGAUUCCAGCAAGAAGGCCACGGAGCUGCCCCUAUUGAGGGUGUGCGGCACUGUGCAGCAAAAUCCGCACAUGCGCGCGUUCUGGGCCUCCACAAUAUCUUUCUUCCUUGCCUUCCUGGGCUGGUUUGCCUUGGCGCCCUUGGGCCUCGAAGUUGCGACCAGCAUGGGGACGUGCGAGAACCAGCUCUUCCCUCCCACGGACUUCCCAACGCGACCAGCCUACCUGAAGUUCAAGAACCUGAAGAGUGGGCUGAGCUACUGCCAGUAUGGCGUCCUCAAGGAGGACGGCGAGCUGAUCGACUGCAACGACGUCCCCCCCGAGCUGAGCGGCUCCGGCACCGCUGAGGAGAAGGAGAAGUACAGGCCCCAGGUGCUCGCGAAGUGCGUCUGCACCCCAG